CUGUCUUCUUCAGGUCCUCUAGUGCCUGACAGUGUAUCUGCCAAAUAUCCGGCGCUUCUGCAUGCUCUGUCAUCGGAUAGCGCGCAACCGUCGACUUCAGGAGAAGAUUCUGCGCCUCCUUCAGACGAAAAGAAGCUGUCUCCCCGACGUCGUUUUGGUGUGAACAUGACGGGGCACCUGUUUCGCGGAGAGCUCGGUGUCAGUCAAAAGGGUAUUCAUCCUGUUAUAAAAUAUCCCAUUCCUGGUGGAGAUUUGUGUUAUACUUUCGAGCAAGUGCGUACCACCAAGCAAGGGGUGGUGGUAUACCGAUGUAGAGCAUGCAGGAAGAAACGCAACACUACUACCAUAGCAGUUCAGAAUGAAUGUGAGUUCAUUGGAGAUCCUGCCGAACUCCCACAUGUCUGCACUCCAAUGAACAGUGUAGAGGACAAGGUCACGCGAAUGGUAUACCAGUCAUGCCAUGCUAUUGCGACGGAACCGCAACUUGCCGAGGCCAAACCUAAUCAGUUGUGGAAAAGUAUAGCCCAGUUGAUAGAUGAUAAUGCCCCUGAUGAUGAUGCUCAGCGUAACGAGAUGCUCAAGCAUUUUUACAAGCGUGGGUAUGAAUCCAGGAGACAGUCAAUUGCAAGAGCAGCUGCGAAGCUCCGCGCCGAAAAACGAGCUAGCGAGCAAGAGGACGAAACACCAAAUUCGAUAAAAAAAGAGAAGUUAUCGUAG